CCAGACGGUAGCUUGACCGCGCUGAUGGGCAUGUACAACGACUGUCGCUAUCCCCAACAUCGCCCACAAUGCCCUUCUCACUCCCAUACAUCCCAUAUCCGACCCCAUAUCCGCCAUACUGGGGUCCCGUCACAGCCACGCUGAACUGGUGCGAAGAGGACUAUUACUUAACAACAUACUCCGCCGAGAUCGUGAAUGCGCUCACGAAUCUAGUCUUCGUGUACCUAGCGUACAAAGGCAUCAAUAAUUGUAUCCGCAAUGGCCACGAUCCAGUAUUCUUGCUCGGGUUUAUCAGUUACCUCGUCAUCGGCCUGGGGAGUUUCUUCUUCCAUACCACAUUGAAAUACAGCAUGCAACUUCUCGACGAGCUCUCAAUGAUAUACACCACCUGCAUCAUGUUCUUCGCCAUUUUCGCGCACGGCAAGGCCACGCAGACUCGCGUACUUGUCGGUCUCUUCGCAACGGGUAUCGCCGUGUUCGUUACAGGGUAUUACCUGUACAUCAAGGAUCCGCUGUUCCACCAGAACGCAUUUGCCUUGAUCACCACAACCGUCCUUUUGCGAAGCAUAUACUCCAUGGAGAUGAGUCUUCGUCCGUCACGAACAGCCAAACGUGCACCGGCGAGCGCAACAAGCGAAGUCGAGCGCGUCAGGCGAGAACGGCGCGACCAGGAGAUCUUGAACACUAUGUGGUGUCAGAUGAUCCCGGUUGGGUUGGGCUCGGUCGGUCUUGGGUUCUUGAUUUGGAAUCUGGACACCGCAUUUUGUUCUCAUCUGCGGACUUGGCGUCGGUCCAUGGGUCUGCCUUGGGGCAUAUUGCUUGAGGGUCAUGGUUGGUGGUAUGUAUUGCCGGCCGUUGAAAUCAGCAUUCUCUACUGACGCGGCUUCACAGGCACGUCUUCACUGGAAUUGCUCAAUACUUCAACCUGACCUGGAGUAUAUGGCUUCGGUAUUGUCUUGAUAAUAGGCAGGAUGAGGUGGAACUGGUUUGGCCUUCUUUGUUCACGUCCAUGCCGUCAAUCGAGCGAGUUGACAGGGAUACUGUACCAGCGAAGAAGAGUCAGUGAUUUACUGACUGCUGAAAACAUUGUUUCGCGAUCCGACAACCCGAGGCAGCCAAGUGAAGUGUAAUUGACUGCCAAGGGUAGAGAACCUGGCUUCAUUGAUACUGCCGCACCUCACGAUAGUCACGCACACUAUCGUCCCCACUAAACAGUAAAAUGCCUUUCCAGACUCAAAAAAAGUCUGUGCAGCAAGAAAAAAAA